GCAUGAUCCACUUCGACCAUGCAGUACUUACUGCCACUCUCAAAAGGGGUGAGCUGGUCGCCUGACUUUGCCUCACCAUCACCAUCCUCCAGCGUAUUCCAGCACGCACAUCUCGAGAAUGCACGCUGCCGCUUUCGCCGCUCUCGCUGCUCUUGCCACAGCAGCCAGUGCUGUCGCUCAUCCACUGACAGCUCUUACCCGUCGCCAAGACAACAUACCAUUGGUGUAUAGCAACACGAGCGUUGUAGAUGUGGGAGAUGGACUCGGAGGACCGAGAAGCCUCUACUCCUGCGAUCGAGCCAACUAUACUUUCGAAGUUGUUCUCAAAGAAGACAACGUUCACGAAAACAACACCUACCGAUUCGUUUUUGGCCAACCCCGUUUCGGGCCCCAAGGUGCUUUCAUCGAUGGCAACAAGAUCUUUGUUGACCACACGUACAAGGCCUCCCAGAUCUUGCCGACUGUCGGUAAUGCGACUGAUGUCGUGGGCGAUACGACCUUUUUCUUCGACAUGUACCCAGAGGCACUGAAGAAUGAGAUUACGAGCCACCCUUGGGCUCUGAGCACCGACAACAACACAGAUGGCUUCGUCGUGCCAGAUUUGUAUGCAGUAAUCGGCUACGUAUACUUUGGCAACGGCACGGUGCUCUUCCCUGGUCCUACAUACAACAACGUUUCGCUCCUUCAUGGCAGAAACUGCACCCCCGAAUUCACGAGUACCGACAUGAAAAAGGCGACGCAAGUGGGCGGUGCGAUGGCGACAAAAUCCAUCAUUGGCCUCACCUCUUUUAUUGGCGCUGUUGCCGUCUUGCUCACAGUCUUGUGAUGUAACAACAUCAGCACAAAUAGAUGGCGGACAAUGUACUUAUUGCGGGCCCCUGCGUGGGACAAGGCUCACCAGGACGGCUCACACCACAGACAGCGCUCUUAUCACUCUGCUGCUUUAAUACAAAGUCUUUGACGACCCGAAGUCACGACAUCGUCGUAUCGUCGUCACAUUAGCCCCUCACGCCGCUCACCACAGUGUAACCGUUCUUUACUAUCGUUCCAGUGUCCAGCGUCACCGAACGCAGAGUCUGUUUCGGAGCUCUGGUUUCCAUGUCGGCUUUAUCUAUACCUGGUGAUCGCGCUCGCAACAAUGUGAAACCAGCAUGGUGGCCUAGACAGUAACUUAC